UUUGCAACAUUAGUCACAAAUCUCUGUAGUACCAUACUAUAUAACUAAGCCAACAAAAUUGUUUAAAGAAGUUCUUGGAGUUGACACAGUUGCCAUUGAAGAUCAAAACCAACAUUCAUGAUUGGUUUCUAGAUGGGAUGCUCUUUUCCAAAUGAAAAGAUGUUUACAAAUGUAAGAAGAUUGCUACUUAGGCCCACUUUUUGUAGAAAACUUAGUUAUGUGCAAGGCCAGUUCCUGUCCUCGAAGAAAAGGGAAUACUUUUACUUCAUAGAUCAUCAGGGACAGUUGUUUCUGGAUGAUACCAAAGUAAAAAAUUUUAUUACCUGCUUUAAAGAUAAGAAGUUUCUUGCUUUCUUUUUCCGUCGUGUAAAGCCUAAUACAAGUGGUCGAUAUCAAGAUGAAUUCCCAUUUAUAUCACCCUGUGGUCCAGAGACUAACUAUAUUCGUUGUGAUGAUCUUCCCAUUGUCUACACACACUUGUUGGAUCACAAUGGCCACGUUAUUGAAGACAUAGAGACAUGUGGGCAAAUAGAACCAGUUAUCCACUCAACCAAUGUACUUGAAAAUCAUGGCCUGACAAAUUUAGAAGACUCUCUUAGCCAAAACGUUUCUGAACGACCUACGAACACUUCAAAAGUGGAAAGUAUUGAAAGGUUGUCAUAUGGUGGGACUGGAAACAUUCUUUCAGUACCUUUCGAGCCUGAAAAGCUGUGUAUGCUCCCUGAAAGUGGUCGUGUGUACCACACUGGCCCUGAGCAUUUGGGAGGAGUUGGUCUAGUCAAAUCCAGUUUGGCUCUUGAAUUGAGCCGGUUCUUUGUGUACAGUGAGGGUGCUAAGGAGAGUGAGGCUCCAAUGGCGUUCAAGUGGAGAGGAAGAAUGUACGAGUUAGAUAACUCGGUGCUCGAUUUGAAAAAUCAUAUCAAGGAAUUUUAGUUCUGAAAUGUUGUACAUAAUUAUAUAUGUUCCUUAUUACCCAAAAUGUACGCACUUGUAUUACUGAAAUAA